ACAUGAACAGUGACAUCAAAUUUCACAUAAAAUAUCCUAGUCACCAAAACUGGGAUCCUACAUAUACGCAGCGUAGUUUACAUAUUCGUACAAAAACACAGGAGACUGAUACUGCAAGACCUUUAUACAUAGUUUUCUUGAUAGGUACUUCAGUAAUAUCCUUGGAAGUCCCAACCCCAAACCACUCAGCCACCUUCGGGGUUAAUAUGUACUUAUUAUCAUUCCUCCAUAUUGUUUCAAACAAAAGAACAUAAAUUGUAAAUAAAAUUUUGGAUAUUGGCUAGAGAAGGACAGAAACCCAUAUCAAUUACCUCGUAGGAUGAAUAAAUACAAACUCUAUGGGUUGCUACGAUCUAUGUAUCAUGUGAAACGUAUUCUCAACUGUUAUCCUUGUAUCAGAUUAAGCUUCCCUUUAUAUCUCAUCUUUGGUCAGUGGAAUUCCACUAAUAAAAUUUCAGAGGAUCAAAUGUCAACUUCCUUAUAGCUGAAUCAGCAAGCAUAUACAUGACCCAGAAGAUUUAAUUUAGCCACUAAAUGUCUGAACUUGCCAUCAGAAUUUAAAACAAACACUUCUAUAACGAGAAACACCAAAAUGAAUCAACAAUUGAUUUGUCUUCAGCCAAAUAAUAUCCUCACUUUCUUUUCUCUAUCAAAAAAUAUGUCAACUUCUUAAGUUGUCAUGGAAUAUGCGCAGAUCAAUUAAUUUACUGUUUUAGUCCCAGAAAGCCAUAUGUUAUUCUCAUGCAAACAAGUGACCCGUGUUUUUCUUACAACUCAACCCAGAGAACUCACACCUAGACACCACUUAGUUACAAGCUCAAACUACUUCAGCCAACACAAAUGGACAAAGUUCGGUGCCACAACCACAGCUUCUUCGCUCCCUACUACUGCCACUCUGGAGUACCCCUAGUAAACAUCUGAUAUAAGCUCACUUCAUCACAACAAAUAAAAAAGAGAGACGAGGAAUCAAUCCAUAGAUAUUACCUAAGUCAUUGUAGUUGUAAGGUGAAUGCUUUCUUUUUUGCCAUUUUCCAUCUAUACCAUAAUCUCAAACAGUAAAUUCAACUACAGCCAGCUGGCACCAGUAUAGUGUGGGGUGGGGUGGCGGGUGACUGUUAACUAGGUUAAGUAUGUUGGACCUAUCAAGAUUUAGGCCUAAUUUAGCCUACGACUUAAUGACCUUCUCCUUCUUUCAACAGUUAUUAUGGAACUUCUAACGCAGGUAGCUCAAGAUUUUUCCCUACCCUGCUCAGCAGAAGAAAAAAAAUCCUAGCACUUGGGCAAAAAAGGUGGAGGUUUUAAUGAUUCCAGGAUGUGCAAAUUUUGAGUGUCAGAAGACAUUUGAAUAAAUGGCUGGGUGAAAUUGCAGGCCUUAAGCCUUAAAAUAUGGGAACAGCAGUGACAAAAUUUGCUUCUUCCGGAACUGGCUAUUUUUAUCUUUUCUGAGAUUUCAAGCUGUUAAAUUGAGAGUUAUCAUAUCUGAUAGUGCGAACAAUAAGAACGAAAAGAAGGAAGAGGAGAUCAAAAAAGAUAUUGGAAGGUCACCAGCACUUAGAAGGAUUAAACACCAAACAUAUUUCUUUAUUUGCAAUUUGAAGAAGCUACCACAUUUCCUAGGACUCAAACAUAAACAAAUAAAAAAUUGCUCACUGCAAUGAAGAAAUAAGGUGGAGCCAAAGAUCCAAGAAUCCAGUGGCUGAAGCGGGAAGAUAAAAAUACUAUCCCCAUGAUCUUUUAAUUGUCUUUUUGGGAUAUCUUGAAAGAGGAUAUUACAAAGGCUAUACAGGAAUUCUAUGCUAGACAGAAGACUGAGAAGAGCUUUAAUGCUACUUUUGUAGCACUCAUUCCCUAGAAAGCCGAUGAUGAAGAACUAAAAGACUUCAAGCCAAUAAGUCUGACUACUGGAGUUUAUAAACAAAAUCACUGGCAGAAUGGUUGAAAAGGGUGAUUGAUAAGCUUGUCAACAAAAACCAAAUGACCUUUACUAAAGAAAGACAAAUAAAAUGGAUGCUGCUCUCAUUGCAAGUGAAUGUGUCGACUCCAGGUUGAAAGGGAACACCUCUUGAGUAAUGUGCAAGUUGGACAUUUAAAAAACAAAUGAUCAUGUAAAUUGGGGUUUCCUACUGAACACCUUGAGACAAAUGAGUUCUAGAGAAAGAUGGGUGCGAAUUGGGAUGGAUAAAAUUUUGCAGAAGCAUGGUGCGAUUCUCCAUUCUUGUAAAUGGAGAACCCGUGCGCUUUCUCUUUAAGUAGGGACUUCGAUUGGGUGAUCCUAAAUCACCCUUUUUGUUUAUCCAAGUAAUGGAGGGAUUUGAUAGUUUGAAAAGGAUUGGUACUCAGAACAGGUGGAUCAUAGGUUUACAGAUUAGUGGAAAAAAUGGUGAUAUUAAGAGAUCUUCCAUCUACUUGAUGCAGAUGACAUAGUGAUAUUAGAUUCAUCAAACUAAUUUUAUUGUUUUUGAAGCUUUUGUAGGUUAAAAAGUUAAUUGGGGAAAGAGCAGUUUAUAUCCUAUCAGGGAUGUGACAAACAUCCAGAAGCUAGCAGAUAUUUUGGGUCGCAAAGUGGAAAAAUUACCCACAUGCUGAAAAGGGGUAAAUUUUUUUUUUAGCUUGGGUGAAAGAUGAUUAAAGAGAUGACACAAAUCUGGCAGUUACUUAUCUUGUUGGUUGUGUGCUUUUGUUCUUCUCAAUAAAGAAUGUCACUUCAUUCGUCCAGGGACUUUCAACAUGGUAAGUGGGCAGAAGGUUAGCCUUGCAAUUCCAAAAUUGACUAGUAUCUAUAACGGCCUAAAUAACAUCUCAUCUUCAUCACAACUUGAUCAAAUUAACAUCCGCUUAUCCAUUCUCUUUGUUUAUGGUUGGCUUGCUCAUUAUUUCAAGACUCAAUCACGCCUAAUGUUCAAAAGUUCUUUCGAAUUGACUAUUAGACUUGGUGGCAAAAGACUCGUGAAAAUUUCCUUGACAAUUUAGUGAAUGUUGUUGGACCAAUUGUUGUUGCAUGUUUAGAGGGCUCUAAUGAAGUGUGCAAAGGAUGAAGUCCUUAAUUCUGAGAAAUUUCAAGCAAUGGGAACCUCAAGACGAGAAUGAGAGUAGCAUCGAGGAUCGCUGUUAGCGAGAGUAAAAACAUGUCCAAGCAACCUAAGAGAUACUAAUUCACCAUAAAGAUCUUAAUCACCUCUUUGAUAAGACAUGGACAUGCAUGGCAUCCAUAUUAUUAAGGACUUCAUCUAUACACACAAAAAAUGUGUGACAACAAUUGGUCCAACAACAUUUACUAAAGUCUGCAAGUAAUUGUCAAGGAAAUUUCCACGAGUCUUCUUCCACCAAGUUUGAUAGUCUGUUCAAAAUAACUUUCCUGCAUAUGGCGUGAUUGAAGGAAAAGUUGCUCGUAACGCAGAUCGACCCAUCAUGCGAUCCUAAAAAAACAAGUCCUUUUGUCCAAAGAGACAUGACAAAUGUCAUUCCUCAUGAUACCGGGGAUGUCUUGAUAAAAUCCAAAUAGAUGACUUAAGCGAUGUGGAUGAUAUGGCUCGAUGACAAAUGAUUAUUUACAUCUAAGAGAAGAUAGUUGAAGCAAAUACUCAUGGAGUGACUUGACUCUAACUUUAGCUCACUAUCAUUAUCCACAUAACAGUAAGGGUGCGUCAUAUCCAUCAUGAUAGAGGUCAAGAACCAGUUUCUCCCCCAUGGAUACAGUUUCUCACGUCACUCUUCUAAGUACCUUGCACCACCCUCUCUGAAGUAUACCACCAUAGUGGGAACAUAGGACCCAUUGGCGCAUGCGUAAUGAGUCUUGAAAUAAUGAGAGUUUCAUAAACAAAGUGAAUGGUGAAACAGACUUUAAUUUGAUCAAAUUGUGAUGAAGAUUAGAUCUUAUUUAGGCUGUUGUAGAUACUAGUUAAUGAAGAUUUGCAGUGGUGACCUUCCGCCCACUUGCCAUCCUACUUGUCAUCUUGAAAGUCCCUAGACGAAUGAAGUGACCUUCCUUAUUGGGAACGAAAGCUCACAACCAACACGAUAAGAAAACUAACAUAUUUGUAUCAUCUCUUUUAUCAUGUUCAACCCCAAGCUUAGAAUAUACUCCUCAAGCAUGUGACCAUCUUGUUACAUCAGGAAAGCCCUUGCUAUGAUUAAGGCGAGCAUAAUUAUUUUCCUGUCUCAGGAGCACGUCCAUACCUUAGAGGUUUAUUACACCAAAAUUUUAUCCACUUGCCAAAUAAUAUUUCUUGGUUAGCACCCCGAAGAUCAUGAGGUUGCAAACAAAUAUUCACAAAUUCGAGAAACAUAACUUGUGCUCUUUUCAUCUAAACCUAUAAGUUCCAUAGCCUCAUGCACCACUUUCUCAUAAAAGUAUCUCAAGUUGGUAAGCCUCUAAGAGUAUGUAAAUCCCAUAGAGAAAUAGAUAAUUCCCUGAUAGAGGUAAGAAAGUGUGUCCAUUUUGGGGCACCAAGCUUCAUAAAAUGCUUGCAAAAUAUCUAAAUUACGGUCAUAAGUAAAAGCGACACAAAAACAUCAUAAAUUUGUGUUGUGCCCAAGAUCUCUUAGCUCCUACCAAUAUAUUUUUAGUCCAGUCCCAAUACCCUGGAAUAUGGCAAUACUCUCCUUCGACCGUCAUCGCAUCUUCCCAGUGUAUCUCUCCUUGAAUUAUGCAACGACCUAGGCUCGAAAGUGGAGUAGCAGUGUUAGCACGGUAUAAUCUGGCACUUAGAGGGACCAUAACAUGAACGACUAAAUAGAAUUGCGUGUUUGCACCAAAGUCCAACUCGCCAUAGAAGAUGGGUUCUUUAAGGAAGACCACAAACUCACAUACCGACCAACAAGUGAAGUAGUCAAGAAUCUAGCUUACCCCACCACACCUUGAAAUUUAACUACAAGAUACCUAAGUUUGGUGGAGGGGGUGUAGUGACUAAAUCAAUGUUGUGAAUGGUGAGCGCCUUUCGCCUUUCCACACUGAGGGGAGGCAACAUACAAAAGGCAACCCAUGGCGAGCUAAUGGCGACACCUUUUUUAUUUAAAUAUUUUAAAAAGAUUUGACUUAACAAUAUUAGUCAAAAUUAGGGUCUUUUUUUUCUAUUUUCAAAAUUUGUUGUUGCGCGACUCUUCUUCCCCUCGCGAUCUCUUCUCCCCGACUCCUUUUCCCCUCGCGAUCUCUUCUAUUGUCAAAAUUUGCCGGUCGCGUUCUUCUCCUGUUCUCCAUCAUCUUCAAGUUGCUGCUGCACUGGGGACCUGAGGUAUACCUCUUUUUUUCUUCUUUUGAUCUUUUCAGUUCUUUUUGAGUAGUUCUUUUUUUUCCCUUCAUCAGUCAGCAGUAUGACAGCUUUGGUUUUUUCCUCUGUUCUCUUUUCUAUUCACUACUUUGUGCUUACUGCUAGUCUGCUACUGCGGACUGCCUAUAAUUUUUUUUAAAAAAUCUUUCCUAAUUAUUUAUUCAUUUGUCCAUGAAGGCAUAAAACAUUGAAUUGAUUGAAUUCAAUAAUCAAUGGCGGAUGCUAGCAAAAAGAGGGAUAUUGGAUGGAAUUAUGGUACUCAAGGAGCAACGAAAGAUUCGAUUAAUUGCAACUUUUGUGGGAGUACUUUUAAUGGUGGAAUAACUCGACACAAGUAACAUUUAGUGGUGGUUUCAGGAAUGUUAAACAAUGUACCGCUUGUCCGUCGAAGAUUAGAGUAGAAGGGCUUAUAUGCAAAAUAAUAUCGCUAAUAAUCCCAAAUUUCAAGUGAGGCAGCCGGAAGAAUAUAUUGAUAUUGAUGAUCUUGAUGAAAUGGAUAAUUAUGCCUCCCUCCAAAACUCAAAAGAUAUCUUCAAGUGGAGGUGCAUCAUCCACCGCAUGGAAUGUGACGAAAUGCCUUAUGAAUCUCUAUUUUUCACAGAAAUCAACACAAAAAGGAGGCUUUGAAAAAGGAGGAGGAAUUGAUGAAACAAAGAAAAUUGUAAGAGAGCAUGCUGUAAGUGCUUUUGCAAUUUGGAUGUAUGAUGCGGGGCUCCCUUUUAAUUGCGUCAGUCACAAAUCAUUCGAUAAAUUUAUUGAGGCGGUAGGACAACAUGGCCCCAGAAUGAAGCCUCCUACAUUCCAUGAAGUUAGAGUCACUCACCUGAAAAAAGAGGUGGAGAAAGUAGAAAAAAUUGUUGAUGAGCAUAAAGUGCAAUGGACAAAGUUACGAUGUUCCAUUAUGAUGGACAAAUGAACGGUACGAAAUGGUAAAAUGAUCAUCAAUAUUUUGGUGAAUUCUCCACUCGGUAAUGUAUUUCUUGGUUCUGUUAAUGCUAGCAAUGAAUUUACCGAUUCCACCAAAAUGUACAAGUUAUUUGAAAGCACUAUUAAAAAAAUUGGACCGGAACAAAUUGUCACCGAUAAUGCUAGUGAGAAUGUUAAAGCGGGAAGUAUGAUGAUGCGUGCGUACCCACACAUUUAUUGGACUCCAUGUGCCGCUCAUUGCAUCAACUUGAUAUUUGGUGACAUAUUCAAGGUUAAGCCAUAUGCUUCCGUUUUUAAGAAGGCCAUCAGAAUUCAUUUUUACAUUAGUCAAAGGCCAUUAUUGUUAAACUUGAUGAGAAAAUUCACCAAGGAAAGAAAUUUGGUGAAACCGGCCAAGACAAGAUUUGCAACGACUUUCUUAAUUUUGAGAGCUAUGUACAUACAAAGAAAAAACUUGAGAACUUUAGUCCUCUCAACCGAAUGGAAUUCAAGUAAAUUUGCAAAGGAAACUUUGGGGAAAGAAGUUGUCAAUCUUAUUAUUUCUGUCCACUUUUGGAAUGAUGUUGUUCGAGCACUUACAAUUUGUGGCCCUUUGACAAAAGUGCUUCGUUUGGUGGAUAGGGAAAAAAACCCACCAAUGGGUUAUAUUUAUGAAGCAAUGGAUAGAGCCAAAGAAGCUAUUGCACAGGGUUUUCUUGGAGUUAAGAAGCAAUAUGAGAAAGUGUUUGAAAUUAUUGAUGCAAGGUGGUCAGACCAACUCCAUCGGCCUUUGCAUGCCGCAUGCCAUGUUUUGAACCCAAGAUUAUAUUAUAAAGCUCAAGAAGAGGGAACUAUACUAAAUACUCUGUGGACCGAGUAUCACGCAUGUGUUGAGAAGUUGGUCCAUGAUACAACAAUACAAGAUUCACUAGUCGCUGAGCUUCCUAGGUACAAAAUGGCGGAUGGACUAUUUGGUUGUGGUCCGGCUAAAAGAGCUAGAGACACAAGGUCACCGGGUAAGUGGGUUGAUUUAAAUCUUACUUAAAUUCUUUGACUUAUUUAUACUCAUUAACCUUUAAAUUUAUUUUAUUAUAGUUGAAUGUGGUCACUACUUGGUAGUGAAACACCAAACUUGCAAAAGUUUGCCAUGAAAGUAUUAAGCCUAACUUGUAGCUUAUCCGGAUGUGAGCGAAAUUGGAGUGUGUUUGAACACGCAAGUAA